GAGAGAGACGCUCGUGUUCGGCUUGGAAGGUGGCGGAUCAGUGCAGGAUUCUGAUCCAGAACGAGCGAAAGUUUGACGCAGAACCAACAUGAGAGAGUUCGUGUGGAUCUGCUGCUUCGUCCUGCUGUGUAGCGGCUGCUCCUCACAGCUGUCCGUGUCUCCGAAGGAGGCGAGCGAGUUUCUCCGCAGACACCGGAGAGCGAACCAGGGGUUCGAGGAGACCAAGCAGGGUCAUCUGGAGAGGGAGUGUGUGGAGGAGAGGUGCACUAAAGAGGAGGCGAGAGAAGUGUUUGAGAAUGACCCUGAGACGGAAUAUUUCUACCCGAAGUAUCAGGGUGAGUCUGCUGCAGGGUGUCUCAACUCUUUUCUGUGUGUUGUGAUUGUUUUAGUGUCAGUCACGUCUCACGUCUCUGAUGAUUCACGUUCAGAGGAAAAUGUGGAUGAGUGCAGCAGAGCGAACGGCGGAUGUGAGCACCACUGUAACAACACCAUGGGCAGUUACCGCUGCUCCUGUCGUCAUGGAUACACGCUCUCGGGUCACCACAUGUGUCUGGAUGUGGACGAGUGUGUGGAGACUCCAGACGUCUGCGGAUCUGCGCGCUGCUCAGACCUCGACGGGAGCUUCGCCUGCUUGUGUGAGGAUGGGUUCGUCUAUGACAACAUCACCCAGAGCUGUGCAGACGUGGACGAGUGUGAGACGCACGUGUGUGAGGAGGAGUGUGUGAACACACCCGGAAGUUUCCGCUGCUACUGUGACGGACGGCAGGGGAAGAGACUGGGACAAGACUUCAGGAGCUGUGAGUCCAUCAAGCUUCAUCGGCCGCUGGACAUGAGGAGGAACUCGCGCUCACUGUACCUCGGACGCAUGUUUAGUGGGAUUCCUGUGGUCCGGCUGCGCUUCCGCCGCAGGGUCCAGACCGGAUUCAUGGCAGAGUUUGACCUUAGGACCUACGACCCCGAAGGUGUGAUCUUCUUUGCCGGCGGCCACUUGAACAGCUCCUGGAUUGUUCUGGUGAUGCAUCAUGGGAAGCUGGAGCUGCAGCUGAAAUACGGAGCCGUGAGUCGAGUGACCAGCAGUGGACCGCAGGUCAAUGAUGGCCAGUGGCAUAAGAUCUCAGUUGAGGAACAGGGGCGGAGCCUCAUCAUCAAGAUUGACAGGGAGGCGGUGAUGAAGAUCGCAGUGAACGGAGAUCUGUUCACGCUGAAUAAAGGCAUGCAUGAGCUCAACCUGACGGUGGGCGGCGUUCCCUUCAGAGACGACGGGAUGGUCAGCAGGGUUAACCCUCGACUGGACGGCUGUAUGAAGGACUGGCGCUGGUUAACCGGUGAGGACACGUCUAUUCAGGACACCGUCCAGCACAACGAGCGCAUGCAGUGUUACGCCAUCGAAGACCACAGCGCCUUCUACCCUGGACACGGAUUCGCCUACUUCAACCACAGCCACGGAGCCAAUCAGACGCUCCGUGUUCAUGUGACCCUGCGGCCUGCCUCCUCCGUAGGAGUCCUGUUUGCUCUGGUUCAUCAGGACCGAGUCCCGUUCUCCGUCUCUCUGUCAGACUAUCAUCCAGGGACACUCGACUGGACCGAGCACGUGCUGGUGUCGUUCGGUGACGUGGUGGUGGCCAGUGUCCCGGUGAACCUGUGUGACGCUCAAACACACACGGUGAACGUGACGGUGUUCGGGAACAGCUCUCUGCUGGAGGUGGAUGGGCAGCUCGUGCAGAUGGAGAUGAUGGAGAACGCAGACGCUCUGGAUCUGACGUCUUCUUACAGCACCUUUAUAGGAGGGAUUCCAGAUGUUUCUCUGGUGUCCGCUCCGGUGUCGGCCUUCUACACGGGCUGCAUGGAUGUGCGGGUCAACGGUCACCUGCUGGACGUGGACGAGGCCCAACACAAACACAACAACAUCCGCUCUCACUCCUGCCCUCUGCUGGACACGCAGCAAUAACCGCAGCGCAGACUCCAGCACAGGAGGAGCUUUAAUCCGGAUCCAGUCAACGGAUCUUCAAAGGCCUUAGUGAAGCCGGACCCCUCGCCACACUCACGCACAUAUAGCACAGUAUCGAUGUAUUCCUCACAUUAGACCAAUCUAACACAAGCUACUGAGAGUGUGCUGUAAAAUACUGUAACAGUACAU